AUGGUGCGUAGCCGAGAGCUAAGUCUAGACGAAGCUCACAACCUAAUUGCCAGUCUCGAGAAACAGCUCGAGGAACUUGAGGCCACCAGUCAUGAUUACGAACAAGAACUCGAAGGAUUUAUUCAAAAACUGCAAACUGAUCUGAAUGAUAAAGACGAGACCAUUAAGAGUCUCAAACGAGGCGACGAGCACAAAGAGGCCCGGGAGCGUAUCACAGCGUUGGAAAUACAAACUGACGAAUUGGAGGAAGAAAAUCGAGUUUUACGAAGCCAGUUCAGAACCUUCAAGGGCGAAAAUGACAGAUUGAUGGAACUAAACGUACUUCUAGAACACGAAGUAGCCGAUCUUCGAAGCACAUCACAAUCAAUUCGGCGUCGAGAUAGCGACAACUGCUCUAAGACGUCUUUUGACCACGAAAACGAAUCUCUGAGAAUCUCACCGAAAAAGAAGCGACAAAGUAACCCAGUUGACUUUCUCAGAGUCAGAACGGAUCAAUCUUCACUACGAUUAUCGUCCUCUUAUAAUGCUGCGACAGACUUAAGGGCCACGCAUGUAAGUACCGCGAAGGUAGUGGCGUCUACACGCCAUAAAUGA